UAUCAGGAGACUGGUUGGAUCACCUGAGGGAGUGUGUGUGACGCCCUCCCAGGGACCUGCCACCGCCUGCACCUCGUCCCCAUGCUGCCGCCACAAUGAUUCUGUUGGAGAUAAAUAACAGAAUUCUCGAGGAGACGCUCACCGUGAAGAUUAGGAACAGUUUAAAUGGGCAGAAACCCGAGUCCGUCGAUGUCACUAUAGCAGACUUCGCCAGUGUGCUGUACCAUGUGUCAAACCUCAAUGGUGAUAAGACAAAAAUUCGGGUGAGUAUAUCCCUCAAGUUCUACAAGGAGCUGCAGGAACAUGGGGCCGAUGAACUCAUCCAGAAGGAGUACGGAAGUCUCCUGUUACCUGAGGCGGAGUCUGGAUAUAACAUCUCCCUCUUAGUGGACCUUGAAAACCUCCCCAAUGACUGGCAGGCGUUAGUCAAAAAGAUCGGGUUGUUAAAGAGGAACUGUUUUGCGUCAGUCUUCCAGAAGUACUUUGAGUUCCAGGAGCAGGGACUGGAAGGACAGAAGAAGGCUAUCAUCCACUACAGAGAUGAUGAGACCAUGUAUGUUGAAGCAAAGGCAGACAGAGUUACUGUGGUCUUCAGCACAAUCUUCAAGGAUCCUGAUGACGUGGUGAUUGGGAAGGUGUUCAUGCAGGAGUUUAAGGAGGGGAAGAGAGGUAGUCAGACAGCCCCCCAUGUGCUCUUCUCUCAUAAGGAGCCGCCUCUAGAACUUCAAGACACUGAAGCUAGACAAGGAGAAAAUAUUGGUUAUGUCACUUUUGUCUUAUUUCCUCGACACACCUGUAAGGCGGCCAGGGACAACACCAUAAACCUAAUCCACAUAUUCCGGGACUACCUGCACUACCACAUUAAGUGCUCCAAGGCCUACAUCCACACCCGGAUGCGAGCCAAAACCAGCGACUUCCUCAAGGUCCUGAACAGAGCGCGUCCAGAACCAAACAAGUCUUCAGGAGAAAAGAAGACAGCAUCAGGUCGAUCCUUUGUGCGCUCCAACUGAUAGUGGAUGUUAGUUCAUGUUGAACUGGACGAACACGAUCAACAUCAACAUCUUGCUGUGAUUGGCUGCCGGGAGAGUCCAGGGCACACUUUGUUGAGCUCCAUACUAGUGUUAGGACUCGCAUAGCAUCAUCAGUUUUUUUUUAUUUUUCUUUCUUUCUUUCUUUUUCUUUUUAUUAUUAUUAUUAUUAUUAUUAUUAUUAUUAUUAUUAUUUUUAGUUUUCAUUGAGCAAAUCUUUUUAAUAGUGAAGGACUUCUGGAUACUGGUGCUGGACUCAAGUACUACAUCAUACUGGUGUACUUGUGGCAUUGUUAUUUUGCACAAAGUGAUAAGUGAAUCCCAGAAUUGCAUUAGCUGCUUUUCUAUUUGCCAUGCAGCUUCCAUAUCCUGAAGAGUGGGACACUGAGACUCAGGUUGUUAUAUAAUUAGUACCAUUAUUUUAUUACUAUUAUUACUAACUAUUAAUUAUUAUCAUCUCUGGCUCUCUGGCAUUCCCUGAUUCCUGUUUCACGUCUGGACGAGUCUUGAACGUCAAUCACAAAUCCCACUUUCUGUAUAGUCUACAAUUAAUAUAUGCCUAGUUAUACAGUUAUUGGAGUAUUUAUCAGUUAUUCAAUUGGGACAUUGAGUCUCUAUUUCCCACACUUGAGGAUGUGGAGCUCCUUAACAUAACUCGGGUAAGCCGCCGCUGCCGCCGCCACCGCCGCUAUCCUCGUCCACCUCUCUUCCCCCUGUGGCCAUAAUGUUUCUUCCAUUCUUAGGAGCCAUUGUGGGGAGCCACUGUGGGGUCCUGAGCUUCUUAUUUAGGAGAUAACUGGAGUGGAAAAGGUGGUACGUCGGGCGGCUUCAAAACACCAAAGCUUUGUUGGCUUCUUUGUUUUCAUUAGGUUUUUUCCUUCUUGCCGAUUCUCACGAGCAAGCCUUGAAGGAGGUGUUAUCAGGGGUUAGUGUCCUGGGUUUGUAUGGUUUUAUGUAUGUCAGGUCAGUACUAGAAGGUGUUAUCUUAUGGGGUCAAGUGGUGUCCUGGGUUCAUGUCAGGCCUGAACUGCCAUUUAGCAUGUAUGUAUGUAAGAGUUAUUCACAGUUGAUCUUUAUUUUUGGUGUAGUUUUGAGCUUGAAAUCUUGUAAUGAACUCUCAGAUGUCUGCUGUUGGAUAGACUUGCUUUCCCAUGGAAGACAGAAAGUAGGAACAAAAGUCAUCGAGAAGGAUAGAUGUGGUGGAAACAGUUGCACUGCCUGUCCAGUUCACUCAAAUGAUAUCAGGAAGAAAAGAUUGGAUGGAGAUUAAUGAUUUGCUUAUCCAUUUCAAUCAGGGAGUUAGAAAAGGUCAUUUAGGAAUGGAAAGGUGGGCUGGAGGCGAUUCAUUUGCCUGUACAACCUAACCUGUCAUGUGUAGCAGCACAGUUAUCUCAGGGCAGACAUGUGAGGGUUAUCACAGGGCUUUCUCACAUCAAGCUGCACCAUCUUGCAGAGCUGAUAGUUACUGAUUUGACUGCUCAAUGAAGCUUUGGAAUACUGUUCAAAUACGUGCACAGAUAAAGAAGAAAACACUGAAGCCAUCAUUAGUUGAUCAUUCAGAAAUAUAAUGUGAACAUAUUUACCUUGAAGAGUAGUAGUGGAAAGAGUGGUUUUUAUUAUUAUUAUCAUUAUUUGGAUUAUCAUAGUUCUUGUUUUGAUUAUUGUUGUCUCUAUUCUAAGAUCGGGAAUUGCAUUGACACUUUGAUUUCUGCAGUGAUGGGUGUGUAGGCUGUGUGGUGAUUCGGAGUGUACCUCUCUGUAACGGAAACUGGUGACACCUUUUUGCUUCAAUCCUAUUUUGGAUAUCCCUAAGAAAAGUUACAAGAAAUUUCCUACUACUAUUUGAUGUUGAAAAAAGAAAAGGUCAUGAAUCCUGCUUCUUCAGUUUAGACAGUGGAAAAAUGUGUUUGGCAGACGUUUUUCACAAAUCCCCUCUGACGUUUGUGAUCCUACACCACAGAUAAGAAAAGUAUAGUGUCCACCUCUAUUUAUCAGUCUAGUUUGCCUGUGGUUUGUAUCUCUGGAUAUGUAUAGGCAGUGGUUGUUCAUUGAGUUAUACCUUAGCCUGUUCUUGAUUAGUCGAGUAACAUCUUAACCUGAACGCCCUCCCUUCAUCCCUUCCUUCUCUCUGUAGUGUGUAGCUGCCCCCCCUACCCUCUCUCUCUCUCUCUCUCUCUCUCUCUCUCUCUCUCUCUCUCUCUCUCUCUCUCUCUCUCUCUCUCUCUCUCUCUCUCUCUCUCUCUCUCUCUCUCUCUCUCUCUCUUUUCCAACCAUUUAGCCAUCACCUUCAUUGUUGAGUGCCCCAGCUGCUUAAUUUAUGGACUGGAGGAGGUGUUAUUUAGAGCUGCAAUCAUCUUUUGUAAAUAUGCUGGUUAGGUGAAGGUUUGUAGGUGCACUGUGGCGCUGUCCCGGCUUCACGACAACCGAUGUUAACGUUUGGAAGUGGAGGUGCCUUUCCUUAGUCAUUGCCCUCGGGUUCAGGGAGCUUGUUUGGCGUUCUUGCCAAUGUCCUAAAUUCUAGCAGAGUUGUCUGAGACAGAUUCCUUUAUUUUGGUUUGUGAAUCUUGAUGCGUAUGUGGUGAUUUAUUUAGCAAGGCUGCAUUUGUGUGUCUCAGGAGCUCAUGUGAUACUUUGUGGUGUUAUUUUAUCAUUAUUUUUGUUUAUUUAUUAAUUUUUUUCAUGGUUUUGUUGUCCUUUGUCAGAUUACUAUGCUUGCCAAAAAGUUCUGUGUUAUUUUCCUAAAGGAAUUUGUUUUGGCCUGCAUUUCCUCCCUUCCCCUCUCCCCUUCCAAGUUUUCUUUCAUUCAAAUUUUGUAUAAUCACAAACAAAUUUACUAUCUAAUUUUCUUGAAUUUUGUGUUAUAGGCAUCUGCUCUUUUUGUUAUCAGUGUAAAGAUUUCAGUUAUUUAAUAUACUGUUCUUUGAUACUUUGGGUUUGGCUGAAUGUUGCAGAUUUGAAUUAAUUUGGUCUAGAGCUUUACACUGAUCAUAUCUGUCUGCUUAAAGUGUAAUCAAGAAUGAUCUGAGGCAUUUCCUGUGUAACUGAUCAAUUGUUGCUGGCCAAAAAAAAAAUACACAAUCUACGUAUGCUGCUGACUAAAUUUGUGAAUAAUACUGUUGUUCAAGCUGCCACUUUCAUUUGUUUUAUUCUGCUCCAAAUUUUUUAAAGUUGCAUCUCACCUGUUGUUCAUGUCAUCUUUUUUCAAUGUCUGGUUAUCAUUAAGUUCUCAAAGACAUUCCCCUUCUACAAAUUUCUAACGACUUGUGUGUGUAUAUAUAUAUGUAUACUAGAUAUAUAAAGAAUUGAGUAAAACGUGUUUCAGAAGUAUGAUGAAGGGCAAUGGUACCUGGACUGACUUUUUGCUGUUGUGAAAGUGAGAGAGAGAGAAAGAGGGAGAGAGAAAGAGAAUGAGUGAAAGAAUAUGUGUUUAGCAGUGAUGAAUGUUCUCAUACUAAACAUUCCCAGUGCUUUGUGCCAACAAUUUCCAUAAUCUGUUUCUUUUGCUUGUCUGAAUCAGUCUGCCUUGGGGAACGAACACAAACACUUGUCUCGAUUCCUGGCAUUUGCUUUUUUUCCCCACUAAGUAUUCAGAAGACUUUAUAAGGGAAGGCACCCCCAGUAUCCUUAUAUCUGAGUGAUUUGUUAAUUUUUUUGUAAGAUUGAGGACCAUUCUACUUGGUAAACUUUUCUUCAAGGAUCUAGAGAAUGGGAUUAGGUAUAAUUGCAUUCUUGUGUUUCAAGUGUUCUGAAGUCUUGUGUUAAUCCGUACUUUCUUUUAUCCUGCAAUACAUCCAAAAGUGAUUGUU